GUAAAGGCUUGACUUGGUUCCUAAUGUGGUUGAAAUAUUAAAAUUAAAAUUUUGAUAUUCUAAAAUAUUUAUUCAUAUUUAUGAUUAUUUUGUGUUAAUUUAAAUAUUUUAUUUAUAAUAGUUGUGUUUUAGCUUAUAUUCAGUUAUAUAUUUUAUUAAUGCGUAGUAAAUUAUUUUAUAUUAAUACCUUUACUAUUAAUUAUAAUCGAGAAAUAUUGGAUUUACAUUUAAUAAACUUCGAGAAAUCAGAUAUAUCAUCUUAUUUAGUCUUUUAUAUCUAAAGAAGUAUUGUGAAAAUAAAUGUGUUAUUUUUAUUAUGUUGCCAUAGUGACUAACUAUUAACUUUAAUAAACUUCAUUGAAAAAAUUAAACAAUAAAAACUUAGAAUUUUCAUUAAAUAUUAAUCAUGGAAGUUAACUCAACACAUGAAAUAUAUCAUAAAGAACUUGAACGUAUUUGUGAAAAGCAUAGAACUGAACUAGAUGAAAUUGAAAAAAGACAUCGUGAUGAAAUAAGACGAAUAUUUACAGAAAAUAACAUAGAAAUCUCUAAAUUGAAACAAAAUCUUAGAUCUGAAUAUCAAAAAGAAUUGAAAAAGAUAAAAGAAAUUCAUGAACAGGAAAUUGAAGAACUUAGAAAUCAAUUUGAAAGUCAUGUAAAUGGUUUUAAAGAUUGUGACCUAGAUAUGUUAACUAAACGUAUUGAAGAAGACAUUACAAAAACACAAGCUAAACACAAAAAAAUUGUUUCGUAUUUGAUUAAUGAAAUAUACAAAUUAAAAAAAACUAUAAUUAAUUCUUCAUUUAAUGAUGUAGAAAAACCAGUAUCCUUAGAUUCAAUAGACAUAAAAAAUUAUAGAGAUGUUAGCAUACAGGAUACGGAUAUUGAAACUUCUGAUUAUGUACUAUCUCAAGAUAGUAUCGAUACAAAUAUUAAAGAUCUUGAAGAUAUUAUUCAAGAAAGGGAUGAUUUACGUUCAGUUGCAAUGACUCUUCGACAGCUUACAAAAUAUCUUUGUGCAUUUCUUAUUGAUCAACAAGAAGAAUUAAAUAAUUCUAUAGUUGAGCAUAUAAAUGAUAUGAAAUGUGGUGGAAUAACUAAAAGUGGUUCAGGUGAUAAUUGUGAUAUCAAUUCGUCAAGUGAGUUUCGUAUUGCUGAAAAUGAAUCAAAAAGUCCACGAAGAGUACAUUUUGUUCCAAAUAUUGAAGAAAUUGUUUCAUUAAUUGAUGAAAACACAAUAUUAGCUGAUUUUACAAAUAUUGAGCCAACAGUUGAUACUUCUAGUCAGGUGAGAUCUGAAUUGAAUGCAUGUCUAGAAAAACUAAAAGAAGAAACUACAACUUUAUCAGAAUUUUCUAUUAAAGAACCUAAAGUACUCUGUCCCAAUUCUGAAAUUAUUUGUCAAAAAUCAUUUAUUGAAAACAAACUCCAAUAUUAUAUUACAGAGUUAAAUAAACAAAAGUUUGACUAUGAGCAAUUAUUAAUAAAAUAUUCAGAACUUGAGCACGAAAAUGACACAAUGAAAAAACAGCUUGAUAGUGAAGUGUCUUCUAUUAGCUCAAAUAAGAUAUGCAAUGAUAUUAUUGAAAAUAACAAUUUAAUAUCAUUAUAUCAAAAAGUUCAAGAAAUAAUCAAAAAUUGUGAAAACUGGUCACCAUUACAGUCUGUACUUGAACAAUAUUUUGCCGAGUGUGGCAAAAUGAUAGAUGAAUUAAAAAAUGAAAAAGAAGAACUAAUUCAACAGCUGUCUACAGCAGAUAAUAGAUUGCAAUCACUUAACACAUUUCUUAAAGAUCAAACACUCGAGCGUGAAUACGAAAGAGAACAAUAUGAUAUCGAAACAAAAAAAUUAAGAGAGCAGCUAAAAGAUAAAGAACGAGAAUCAUUAGGAUCAGAAAAUUUAAAAACUCAUACUGAAAUGCUUGUGAAUGAACAUCAUGAAGCUGAAGAAAGAUAUAUAGAUUUAAAAACUAAACAUAAAAAAAUAGAAGAACUUUUAAAGUCAGCUGAAAAAGAAAUAAAAUCAUUGAAAGAAACUAUUUUUAGUUUAGAAGAUAGAAUAGAUACAUUAGUUAAAAAUGAAAUAUCUGAUAAAAAUUAUAUUGAGUCGCUUACUAAUAUAAUACAGGAAGAACAAUCUAACCAACAAGAUAUGCUACAAGAACUUAAUCGGUUAAGAAGCUUAUUUGAAGAACAGAAUCAAACUGAUACUUCUGAAUUUAUUGAUACUGAAAUAAUUAUUAAUAAUAUAAGAAUACAACUUAAAGAUUUAGAGAAAUCAGUUUCUAAACGUAUUAAAGAACUAGACUUGUACUGGGUGACUGAUGAAUGUAAUUCGCCUGCUUCUGAAGAUAUAUCUGUUGCUGAACGAUGUGAAUUACGCAAUAAUAUAAGCUUAGAAAAAAAUAGUUCUCCAAAUCGGAUAGUUGCCUCAUUAGAUGAUGUUUUUAUGAGAAUACAAGAACGUUUAAACAGACUUUUCAAAUCUGAAGAAGCUAUUUUAAAACACGAAUCUGAUCAAAAUUUAUCAACUAAGCAGCUUAACAAACAAAUAAAAGAUUUAGAAUCUGAAGUAAAUAUUCUGAGAACUAGAUUAGCAGAAAAAAAUGAUCAAUUAACAACUGCUAAAAUGAAAAUUGAUGAUCUAAGAUUAAUUAAAAAUAGUGAUGUAGAUUCAGCCACUUCAUUAUUACACGAUACUAUAGCUAAAUUAACAGCAGAACAUAAGCAAUGUACAUUAGCAAUAGAAGAUAAAAAUAAUGAGAUCACUAAAUUAAAUGAUUUGACAAACCAUCUUAAAAAUAUGCUUUCAACUUAUGAAUCCAAACUGGUAGAAAAAGAAAACAUUGAUCCAAAUACAAUAAAAAGCUUAGAGUCAAAAGUUGUAAAACUUGUUGAAGAAAAUAUGAACUUACAGCUUGAAACUGCAAGUAAAAUAUCUCAAAUAAAGAUUUUAGAAGAUAAAAUACAUGAUUUUCAAUCUAAGGAACAGGAUGAAAAUGUUGAAAUCUUAGUAAAUCCUAAUUUUUCAAAAAGUAUGACUGAUUCACAAUCAAGUGAAAAUGAACAAAUGAGGCGUGCAAUACCUAAUGACUCUAAUACAUUAGCAUUAUUACAAUUUUCUCAUCAACAUCAAAAUGUUUCUAUUCAAGAACCAUCAAUAAUAAAUUUCAGUUUUCCAUCUCCUCAACUCAAAGAUCGCACUAAUAUUUACACAACAAUGAAUGAUGAUAUGAAAUUACUUUUAACCAAUACUAAAAUGGAACUAGAAGAAAAAAAUGCUGUAAUAAAAGUGAUGGAAAAAGAUACUGAAUUUAUGGAAAAUCGGAUUAAAACUUUGGAAAAAGACAUUAAAUUAUUAUACUCAGACAAGACCUCAUUAGAGCAACAUAUUGAAAGCCUAAAAGAAAAUGAAAAUGUGUUAACUAAUAAAUUGUAUAAUGCAUUGUCAGAAAUUGAAAAAAAACAAGAAACAUUAAAAGAACUUGAAACUUUAGGUGUAAAAUUAAGAGCUGAAAUUCAGCCAUUAGAAUAUAUGAAAAAUACUUUAGAAAAAAAACUUGAGUCUUUUAAAGAAUAUAAUAAAAUACAGUCUGAAAAAAUUGAGUGUUUAGAAAGUAUCAACAAUGAACUUUUAAAUGAAUAUAAUAUCUUAAAAGAGGACCAAAAAAUUUUGGAACAUACAAAAUCCUUAAAAGAAGAGAAUACUAAUCUAAAAAAUGAAUUGUUAAAAACUGAAAACUUUAAAAUAGAAUUAAGUGAAAAAAUAGAAAAAUUAAAUUAUGAGUAUGAACAACUAAAAAAUGAAAAUAUUAAACUAAAAGAAAAAAUUGAAGAUUUAAAGUUGAACAAUAUACAUACAAAAAAUGAACUAAAAAAAGUUGAAGAAUUGCAUGAAAAUGAAUUACAAGGUUAUCGUAAUUUACUAGCAGAGACACAUGAACAAAAACACAAGAUGAAUAUGGACUUUUUAAAACAAAUUGAAGAUUUAACAAGUCACACAGAAGAUCAUAAAUUAUUAAUGGCUCAUUUAAAAAAUAAAGAUUAUGAAAUAACAAAUACAACAUUUUCUGAUCUAGAUUCUGAUAAAACUUCUCCAGAUUUGGUAAAUAAUUCAAUGACAGUACUUGAAAAAAAUCUAGAGUACGAACGUAAAAAAAACAACGAGUUACAACAUGAAAUAGAAGAUAAAGAAAUAAAACAUGAAAUAGAAAAUAAUGAAGUAGAAAUUAAUCAUCUAAAAAAAUAUCAAGAAGAAAAAAUAGCUGAACUGUCUAAAAAAGUACUUGUUGAAAUAAAUCUUAAUGCAGAUUUAAAAAUCAAUAUUAUAAAAAUGGAAAGCUAUAUCAAAGAUUUAGAAAGUAAAAUAAAUGAUGAAAAAACAAAUAAAGAGGAAAAUCACAUUAUUGAGAAAUUGAAUCAACAAUUAAGAGAUGUUAUGAAUAAAUUUAAAAUUUUGGAACAAGAGUUAAGUGAAACUAUUGAUUUAAAUGAAAAAUUAGACAGUGAAUUAAAUAGAAUUUUAGACAUUAAGGAAGAAAUGGAUCAAAAAUUAGCAGAAGCCUACAGAAAAAUUGAUGAACUUAUAUCUAGUGAAAAUAAGAACAGUGUUUUAAUGAAACAAUUAGAAAGCCAGAAUUUAGCUAUUGGACACUUUAAACAACAAUUAGAAAGUGCAGAAGAAGUUCUAUUAGAUCAAAAGACUCGAGCUGAACAAGAUAAUCAAGUUUUUAAAUUGAAGGUUUUAGAACUUCAAAAACAACUUAAACAAUAUGAACAGAAAUACCAUGAAAUUUCAAAAGACUAUGAAACUUUAAAAUUAAGUAGAAUCCAGGAUACUGAUAUUGAACUACAAAUACAAUUAGAAAAAACAGAAAAAGAAGUAAUUGAGUUGCAAAAAAAAUAUAAUGAUUCCUUAUAUGAAAAUCGUAACAUUCAAAAUAAGCUGGAAAGUUUGGAUGCUGAAUUUCAACACUUACAAAAUAAAAUGUAUGAAAUGCAAAACAAGCUUUUCCUCACUGAAUAUGACAAAGAUAAGUUAAAAAGUGACAUUAAGGAUUUUACACUUCCAGAAGAAUUAAAACAAAGACAAUCUAGUUUAAUUAUAAAUUUGGAGGUAGAAAAUGCAAAAUUAACAAGCAAGGUAAUCGAAUACCGUGAAAAAUACAACAAACUUAAAGCAUAUAUAGAAGAAGUUAAAUCAAUGAUAACAAGUCAAAAUAUAAAAAAAGUAUUAGAAGAUAAUAUUGAUCUCUGUAAAACAAAGAAAACAUUACAAAAGCAAGUGAUAGAUUUGCAAAGCUAUGCUAAAGAAUUAAAUAAUAAAUUGAGCGAAAAAUCUGCUGUUUCUAAUCGACAUAAUUUUCACUUAGAAUCACAUUAUUAUUCUUUAGUAUGGCAAAAAAUGUAUUUAGUAAAACUAGCGGGUGGUAAAGACAAGUUAUUAAGACUCAUUAUCCCUGAAAUUGAAGAUGGCCUGCUUAAAAGUACAAUGCAAAAAAUAUGUGGUAAACGUAAAAUGUCUAAGUUUAAAAUUUUAGUUAUUUGUGUAAUUGCUGUAAGACGUAUGAAAAUGACUGCAGAGAGAUAUGCUGAAAAUCAAUUAGAUAAAACAUAUUAUAAUUUACCAAAAAAAAUGCCAUGGAUCAAAUGUUAAGACUUAAUAAGUGCCAUUUACUUAACUGUUUUUUACUCAAUGUCGUUUUUUAACUGUUUGCAUUUAUUUUUUACUUUAAUUUGAAAUGAGAAUUAUUUUGUCUAAGUUUAUAAUUUAUACUUAAUGUAUAACUUACCACAAGUAUGUGAACAUUUUAACAUUUUGCUCAGUUGUAUUAUUAAGUGCCUUAUAAUAAUUUUAUACUUU